AAAAUCCAAUUCCGCCUUUAUCCCCAUCAGCUCUUUCCCAUCGGUCACAGUAUAAAGUGAAGCUACGUUUUAUGCAACACAACACUUGAAAAUAUUCCCGCAGAGAAAUUUUAACCAGUAGGAAAAUGAUUAUCACUUGGUAAGAAUUAUUGAAGUCUCAAAACUUUGCCUUGAACAGGCAUUUCAAGAUUAUAAAAAAACGCGGGUAAACCUUCAAGUAAUCAAUAAUAUAAGCGGAGAGCGAAUAUCGGUGCUAAAUUUUUGGGCCCAAGAAGAAAUAUUCAAGAGGGAGAAAAAAUAGCAGCAUCUUCAAAUCGUUAUAUAAUGACACUGAUCGCUCAGAAACAAUCACUAAUCAUUCUAAAUGUAGCACAAACACACGCAAUCAACUAAGCUUUACGCUUACUAAGCUUUACAGCCAAUUCUAUAUACAGGACACACAAAUUUCACUCACCUUUUUCAAUAAGUCACGUAUUAAAACUGCGAAAACUAUAUGCACCGCAGUGUUUUAUUUUUCAAGUAAGUUUUAAUUAAUUUUAUUAAAUGUUGGGAGGCCAAAUUCCCCACCAAAAAGAAAUAAGCCAACGCUGUUCUUCUAUAUCCUUGCCGAAAAGUAUGGGUCCCAAAUUCGCGACGGUCAUCGUUUUGGCGAUAAUCGCCGUGACGGCGACAAGUGCGAGCGUUCUGGCAUCGAAAAACCAGCAGCCGAGUGAAGAAGAACAGGCACUCACUUGGCUUUCCAGUCUGGACGAAGAAUAUUCGUUGCAGUGCAAUGCGCAAAUGGUUGCCCGAUGGGACUACAUCGUCAACGUCACGGAUGAAACAGCUGCGAUCAGCACCCAAGCAAAUGAAGUUUACGCGACUUUCAAGAAAGACGCCUGGGAGCGAGUGACUGCAGCCUUUGAUGCCAACGGGCAAUUUCCCAAUUGGGAAUCCUACUCUGAUUCAGUGUUGGUCAGGAAAAUCAGGAAACUGAAAGACUCUGCCAAGGAUUCCAUCCUCACCGGAACCGACUUGACAAACUACUUGACCUUGCAAGCCGAAAUGGAAACCAUCUACGCAGCGGCCACCAUCUGUAAUUUGGACGGAACUGAAUGCGGUCUUGCCCUGGAACCUCGUUACCCGAGUGGAGACGCAAUGUGGGUCUCGCCGUACGACGAACCGUAUUUCCAGCAACAAAUUGCAGCAGUUUGGGAGGAAAUGAAACCUUGGUACAAGAAACUACACGCUUACGUCAGGAGACGAUUGGUCGAACAUUACGGGAGCGAUAAGGUUGAUCCGACUGGUCCCAUCCCGGCUCAACUUCUUGGAAACCCUUGGGCUCAGCAAUGGGGUAACAUUGCCGACCUGACUAUCCCUUAUCCUGACGCCUCCUCGGUUGAUGUAACAGCUGCCCUAAAUGAACAGGGUUACACAGUGGAACAAAUUUUCCGCACGUCGGAGGAAUUCUUCACGUCGCUGGGAUUGGAACCCAUGACUGACACCUUCUGGGAAAAAUCUAUGCUUGAGAAACCCGAAGGCAGAGAAGUUGUUUGCCACGCUUCGGCUGAAGAUUUCUGCCUUGGCCCUGGCAGCGAAGACUUCAGGCAAGAUCAAGAUGUGUACUGUCUAGUUGGUUCUGCUAAAGUAGUGCCAAGUGGUGCUUUACCCUGUGUAAGUCAUAAAGGAAACCCUUGGGCUCAGCAAUGGGGUAACAUUGCCGACCUGACUAUCCCUUAUCCUGACGCCUCCUCUGUUGAUGUAACAGCUGCCCUCAAUGAACAGGGUUACACAGUGGAACAAAUUUUCCGCACGUCGGAGGAAUUCUUCACGUCGCUGGGAUUAGAACCCAUGACUGACACCUUCUGGGAAAAAUCUAUGCUUGAGAAACCCGAAGGCAGAGAAGUUGUUUGCCACGCUUCGGCUGAAGAUUUCUGCCUUGGCCCUGGCAGCGAAGACUUCAGGAUCAAGAUGUGUACUGCGAUCAACCAAGACGAUUUCAUCACGGUUCACCACGAAAUGGGACACAUUCAGUAUUUCCAACAAUACAGGAACCAACCUUUCAUCUUCAGAGACGGAGCGAAUCCUGGUUUUCACGAGGCAAUCGGCGACACACUGGCUUUGUCAGUGGCUACACCAAAGCACCUGCAAACUAUCGGGUUAUUGACAAACUACCAAGAGAGUUUGGAGGCAGACAUCAACUACUUGUUGGCAAUGGCUUUGGACAAGAUCGCCUUCUUGCCGUUCGCAUACGUGAUGGACAGCUGGAGAUGGGACCUUUUCGGAAACGCAACCCAGGCAGAAGUAAUGAACGGACAUUGGUGGAACUUGAGGGAAACCAUUCAAGGGGUUUCACCUCCGGUUGAACGCACAGAAAACGAUUUCGACCCAGGUGCAAAAUACCACAUCCCCGCAAACGUUCCAUACGUCAGAUACUUCGUGAGCUUCAUAAUUCAAUUCCAAUUUUACGAGUCGUUGUGUCUCGCCGCUGGCGAAUACGACCCGAAUGAUCCCGCCAAGCCUCUGUACAAAUGCGAUUUCUAUCAAAACGCGGAAGCCGGACAACUGAUGGAAAACGCCCUGAAACUCGGCUAUUCGUUGCCGUGGACGGAGACCAUGGAGGCCAUUACUGGACAAAGAGAAAUGUCCGCAGCAUCUCUCCAGGCGUACUUCAAGCCUUUGGAAGAAUUCAUGGAUAACUAUUUGGCAGAGACUGGAGACUGCAUCGGCUGGGGAGAUGAAUGCCUCAAGACCAAGAACUAAUUUGUUGCGGUGCAAAAAGUUUGCGACGACGUCAAUUGAAAAUCUGUUCCGCGGUUGAACAAGCUGCAGAAUAAAUGCUUCAACUGGCAAGA